AUGUCGAGUUCGGGUAAUACGGAGGCUCGAGAGUUGAAUCUCAUCGGUAAGGUCGAGCUCAAGAUUGCUCUUGUCGAUUCCGAUGAAGCUCUACAAGCUAUUCUGAAGACUUACUUGCCACCUCUUUUGUUGAAGCUUGCGUCAGACUCCGUUGCCGUUAGAAACAAGGAACGCCUGGAAUUACUGCCAGCCAUCUUGAAAGGCUUGCACGCCAAUUAUCAUGAGUCACCAAAGCAUGCGGCAACCCUUUUCAACCUGUUCCUCAAGCUGCUUCAUAGCAUAUCGUUGCCCUCACGAGGUGAUAAUGAGGAUUCAGCGCUGAGAGGACGAUUUGGUUUCAGCGAAAAACCCGAAGAUGCUUCAUUCCUUGCAGACUGGUCUGGUAAGUUGGUACUCUUCAGUCCCGGUAAACCACCAUCCACUCGUGGCCCUGGUUUGACCGAAGACGACUACAACUUUCUCCAGCUCUAUGGCAAAUCUGAUACCUGGAAUCCGGGAGUAUCAGAUGGGAUGAAUCUAUCAGAGACAAAGGUCGUGUGUAUUCGCUUUGUCGCCAGUGGAGCAUUCACGGAUCAAGAGAGAUUUCUACCCGCUUUGUUUGCUUCGGCUGACACGAACUCCCGCAUUUCUGACGUUGGCAAUGAUAUGCUAAAAAGAGCUACUUCUGCUAUUUCUCUUGAGGAUAUGACUCUCAUUAGGAAUCUCUAUAAUCUCUACCUAGGUAGCGGAGGGACAACUGGCUCGCUUCCAGCCCGACCUGCACUGCAGACCAAAAUCCUGACCUUCUUGAGCCGUUCCAGUGCUGCUUCUUCUUUUGUUGAGGACAGUACGAAGAUCAUACAAGAUGGGCUAGCACAUGAGCCACAGGCACAAACUAACGGGAACGUCCAAGGGUCUAAGAAGGGUCUUGAGAUCUCAAGACUCAGAGGCCAAAUAUUCGCUUUCACAAAUUGGCUUGCACGGAUCAGCUCCCCGCGUGACAUUGCUACCUUUGCGCCAACCCUAGUAAGUCAUCUUCGUACCUACAUUCAAGAUCAGGGAUGGCCAAGACCUCGGACAGAGGGGCCCUUGGAUGCUGGUGAAUUAGCUUCGAGGUCAUAUGGAUACGAAAGUAUCGGCUUGUUGGCUUCCGCAUGCGCUGAUACACUUUUACUGGAGCCAUCACUUGAGCUACUUCGUUGGCUAAUGACUUCGCUAAGCGAGGAUUCAUCAGGAGUUGAAAUUUCGAUGAGUAUCGAAAAUGCUCUAGGUAGUAUAAUUAGGGCUUUCGGGGGCCGCCCAAUCCUCGAGCUGCAAGACUCUCUUGCUGCUCUCUUCAUGCACCAUAUGAGUCUCGUUCCUACUGUUGGUGACGAAAAUAGUACCGGGAUAGUCCGAAGCACCAAAUUUGUAUCGUUACGCUUUGCAAAUCGGUGUCUCUCUUACAGCAACAUAGACGGGCGGUAUAUCGAUAUUCUUUCAUUACGCGGUCAUGAUGUAGAUCGGAGCGAAGUUCUUGAAGAAGGUAGGAAAGGUCUUGAUCCGUACUGGCACCGUGUCCUCAAUCCCUCACAAAAGCAAGAAUCAGUAAAUUCAGGGGCUGUGCAAGCCACCGACUUUCCAGCAUUUGAACCUUUAGUAGAGCGGCUCUUCGGCCCCGAUGCAGAGUGGGAUCUUUCAAACCCACAAUUUAUACCCGCAUUUUUUGCAGCGCUGGGGUAUUGUCGUUGUGUCCUUCUACAUCAAUCCCUGACGCAGGUCGAAAGCCCGCCUGUCAUUGACACGGAAUGGGCUAGAAACAUCGACGCUCUCAUUUCUAACAAUGAGGAUGCAAGACGUAGCCUCAAAACACUUUUCACCAGCAAUUUGAGAGACUCUGUACACUUCUCAAGAGCCGUUUCAAUUUAUCUCCAUGCCUGUUUUAAAGCUCUGACUAGCCAGAGUAUGACCGAAGCAGCACAGGCUGGCCAAUAUUUCAUUGAAAUAUGUGCGUUUUUGCCAACCUCUGAAUACAGUGACCUUUCCAGGCACAUCAUGAAAUUACAGGGUCCUAUGUUCUCUACCGACAGCGCCUUGAGCAGAUCAUCAUCCUUAAUAUUUGGGCUAUUAGCUUCCUCUGGGAAAUGCGAGGAAAGCACGUUGCAACGGAUGUCUGGUGUCUUCGAGCAAUAUUUGGGGUCUUGGAAGGACGCUAUAGGUGCAGAUGUGUACAAAGUAUACGGAUCACUGCUCGCAACCGCCUUUCUCCUCAGCAGAUGCGCCCGCCGGAAUGAGCGAAUCAGGGCGUUUGACGAGCAACAAAAGAAACUCAAACUCAUCUGUUUCUCUGUUCUCUCUCAAAGUCGGGAUAAAAUGCUACUUGACGCCGUGUUCCUUGCUAUCUCUGAGCUUGCACUCUAUGGGGUGCUAUCCACUGACGACAUAUCAUCGAUACCAGUGGAGACAAUCGCAAAAUUCUUCGAAAAUGGCGAGAAAGGUAGUGAGAGGGCCAUUACCUCACUUGGGCAUUUAGCCAUGCAGUGUCGCGAGGAAGAAAGCGAGGACUCGACUCUGCAGGUUAUCAUCGACCGACUACACGAGCUUCAUAACGUUCGUCAACCCGAGGUACAAUUUGCCGUAGGCGAAGCUUUUAGCUGCGCAGCCAUUGGUUGGGAUUCAAAGGCGUUCAUUUCGACUCUGGAUUUGGAUGGAGCUCUGCCCCCAUCUGCACAGCAUGAUAGCACGCUUCAAGCUCUGCUUGAUCGAAUUCUUGCAGAGUGUAAAUCAACCAAGCCUGCCCUUCGUCAAGCCACGGUAAUCUGGUUGCUUUGCCUAGUGCAAUUUUGCGGCCAUCGCCCUGCCGUUCAAAGCCGGCUGCAAAAAUGUCAAGCUGCUUUCAAGGGAUUCUUAGCGGAUCGAGAAACCCUGAAUCAAGAAUCUGCCUCCCGUGGUUUGACAUUGAUCUAUGAGAAAGGCAACCAAGAUUUGAAGACAGACCUCAUACGCGAUUUAGUCGGAUCAUUCACAGGAACAACUUCAACUCUCGCAGGCAGUAUCUCAGAGGACACCGAAUUGUUUGAGGCGGGAGCACUUCCCACCGGGGAUGGUUCAGUCAGAACGUACAAAGACAUUAUGAGUCUGGCGUCGGAGGUCGGCGAUUCCAGCUUGGUCUACCGUUUUAUGUCUCUAGCUUCACACAACGCAAUCUGGUCAAGUAGAGCAGCGUUUGGUCGAUUUGGGUUGAGCAAUAUUCUGAGUGACGCAAAUACGGAUGGAUAUUUUGCAAAUAAUCCGAAGCUUUACCCAGCACUAUAUCGAUACCGGUUUGAUCCAAAUUCAGGGGUCCGCAAUGCAAUGAACGAUAUAUGGACUGCCUUGGUCAAAGAUCCUGUGACAACAAUCAGCACGCAUUUUACCGCUAUCAUCAAAGACCUGAUGAAAAGCAUACUGAACAAAGAGUGGCGCACACGUCAAGCUAGCUGUGCUGCUAUAGCGGAUCUAGUCCAAGGUCGGUCACUUGAGAUGUAUGAAGAAUACUUGAAUGAGAUCUGGUCGCUCGCUUUCAAGGUAUGCGACGACAUCAAGGAGUCUGUCCGUGCCGCUGCGAUGUCCCUUUCAAGAGUCUUAGUCGGCAUCCUCACUCGUUCUCUAGAAGCUAGAGAUUCUUCAUCCCGUUCCGCUGACAAGAUGCUCAAGCAAGUCUUGCCUUUCCUACUCAGUACACAAGGACUAGAGUCUAGUGCGCCUGACGUCCAAGAUUUUUCCCGCAAAACGAUUUUGCAAAUCAUAAAAAAGAGCAGUGGCAAAAUCUUACGGCCCUUCGUACCUGAGCUUGUGGGCCGAUUGCUAGCAUUGUUGAGCUCUAUAGAACCCGAAAUGAUCAACUACGUUCACAUGAAUGCUGAGACCUUUGGCUUGACAAAGCAAGAGUUGGAUGAUGCACGGCUCAAGCACAUCCGCGGUUCUUCCAUGCUUGAAGCGAUCGAGCGUUGCUUGGACUAUCUAGAUGACAGCUCGAUGCCCGAGCUGCAGCAACGCCUUGAGAGCGCUAUCAAAACCGUAAUCGGGCUUCCUUCAAAAGUCGGCUGCAGUCGUGUGCUGGUUUCCCUAUCAACCCAGCAAAAUUUUGUUUUCAAACCUUACGCUGACUAUUUCCUGUUCAUCGCCCAAAAGCAGGUAUUUGACCGCAAUGAUACUAUCUCUUCAGCUUACGCUAUCUCCUGUGGAUAUCUGGCGCGCUUGGCAAGCGAAGGUGCUCUUUUGAAGCUCGUCGAAAGUUGCCGUGUGCUCUAUUUCGAUACUGAGGAGGACAGACAGCGUAUGAUUUCCGGAGACGUGACUCAUGCCUUUUCAAAGUACGCUACGGAUCGCUUCAAUUCAAUGGCUGGAGAGAUACUCCCAUUCAUAUUUGUUGCAAAACAUGAUCUUAACGAUCGCGCACAAGGCCUGUUCCAGGACACUUGGAAUGAAAAUGUCGGAGGGUCGAGGGCAGUAUUGUUAUAUUUGCGUGAGAUCGUUCAAUUAGCUUCGCAGCAUCUUGACUCAACAAGAUGGGCCCUCAAGCAUACGGCGGCUUUCUCAAUCGCAGAAGUAGUUACUAACGCAGGAUCUACGAUAAGCGACGCAGAUGCUCGUACCAUUUGGCCGGCCCUCGAGAAGGCAUUGGUGGGAAAGACCUGGGAGGGUAAAGAAAAGGUCCUUCGUGCUUUUGUGGCCUUUGUAAAACAUAGCACAUUGGCCAGAGAAGAUCCAAAGCUGAUGGAGCAAACGACAAAGAUAAUGCUUCGAGAGAGUAGGAGGAAUAAUCCUGUAUAUCAUCAGGAUGCCCUUGGAAGCUUAUCAGACUUUGUAGACAGCCAACACUCUGCAGAGCUUUAUGACCAAGCGUAUGAAAUCGCUAUGUCAACAAUCGAGAAACUUCUCGGGGAUUCUGAUGAAAUGGACAUCGAUUCUUCUGCUGGAGGCCCCUCUUCAAAGACUGUAAGGGAUCUGACAAUUGCAAAUGCUCUCAAGACAAUUCUCCGAUCCCCUCAUCCUCAAGACUUUACACGCAGCGAUUGGAACAAGGCGCUCAGGCAAUGCUUAUCGUUACUUGAUAGGGUCAACGAGACUGAAAGAGGAAAUAAAGCCGCCCAGACGGCAAUAUACGAGUCACUCAAAUUGCUUUUCCAGAGGUGGCAAGGAGCCUCUGAGAUGCUUCCAUCAUCACCAGAAGAGGUCUACAAGGGAUACACAAGACACGUAUUCAACGCCCAAGAUCAAGUUGAGAACGUCCGGCUAAAAGCUGCCGAGGCUGCGGUAGAGCUAGCCCCUAUAGCUCUGAAAGGAGAGGGCUCCAAAAUCAAUUUCAGCGACGAGCUGAAACGGGCAAGGGUAGCGGAAAGAUCAGGAUCUGUACAGCAAGUCUUGGAACGUGUAGCGAAGUUCUCUGACGUAUCGAAGACAUGA